AUGAAAGUGUUAGGAACACGAGGUUAUCGUUUCGAAACUUUGGACUACGAUGGCGAUGGUGUUCCCGAUCAUAGAGACCUGGAUGAUGACAAUGAUGGAAUUCCUGAUGCUUCUGAAGAUGACGAUGGUGAUGGAAUCCCAAACAUAGAAGACAUUGAUGAUGAUGCUGACGGGAUUCCGGAUAUAGAUGAAGACAACGACGGUGAUGGAAUCCCUAAUAAGCUCGACAUUGAUGAUGAUGGUGAUGGAUUGCCAGACGACGAAAAAGAUGAAAACGGAAAUGGCAUUCCGGAUAUUCAGGAGUUUUCAAUAUUUUAUAACGCAACUCAGGUGUUCAGUGGCGAAAACAAAAAUCGAACAGACAUAGGCGACCCAUCUUGCUUCGACAGUUCCGUCCUCUGUGAACAAGUUGGAAGGAACGAACAUAUCUGCUAUUCGGACGAAAUAUUCGAAUACUGCUGUUAUUCUUGCACAAGACUAAUCUACACAAUGGGCAACGAAGAAUCGGUUUAA